AUGGCGCCUUCGGACCACGACAGACGUACCGAUGGCCCCUUACAAGACAUUGAAGACCUGUUAGCUGAUGCUCGGUCUGGUGAUGAGAAUUCCCAGGGCGCCGAUGACCCUGGCCAGCAGUUGAAUGCCAUUCGAGGCCAAGGCGGCACCGCUACGAAUCCACUUCAGGAUGUCAACAAUGCACUUGGGCAGUCGGCCCGGCCCCCGCCUGGGAGCCAAGUUGGGACCGAAGCUUCGCAGAUGACGAUACGGGACCGAGGCGAUGCGCAAUACGACGAGGCAUGCUCGACCGGGCUUCACAAACCUGAUGUUAAAACACCGAGUCUACCGCCCCACUGCCCUCUUUCUGACCGUUUGAUGAGUCUCCGCGUCACAUCCCGUCCACCUAAAGGCCCCUAUUUCUACCCGAAAGGUUCGGUCGAGGCGCUGAUGACGGCCAAGGAGAUUGAGUCCAUCAUCCGCCAAGGCAGGCAACGGCUUGAGGGAGCCGGCAAGCGGCUCACAGACGAGGAAAUACGGAAUUAUGCAGGGCGCGCGUGCCAUGAACAGCUAGACGGCGGCGCCGAUUCAAGUUACCGCGUGACUUUUGCCAUCCUGGUCCUGCUCGAUCGCGGCUGGGACAUAGUCUUCUUCAUCGAUGGGGGUAUAUGCGACAAACACCUCCCUCUCAAGGCAGUCCCUGUCAAUGGGCGUGGUUCGGGUUUGCUUUCUGAGAUAAGGCUGGAGAACGACCCCAACACAAGGCUGAGCUGCCUUGACCACUGGUUGGCAGUCAAUCACGAUGACUUCGAGCGAAAGCAAUGGGAUAUGCUGGCCCCCUUCUUUUCGCGCGGCGAGCGCAGAAACGCCUGGCUCUACGAGCUACCAGAGAAGGUUGUGCUUCCAUGGACCGAGGAAAACAACGCGGCGCGCCAGGGAGGAUAUGGGCUCGUGUCCAAGGUCAAGAUCCACCCUAACCAUCACACCUUCAACCUCACCAAAGCAAACGGCGGCUGGUUCGCCGUGAAGCAGUUCAAAGGCAGCGAGUCUAGUAACGGCACAUCGGACACCUCCGGGAGUUUUGAUAGGAGAGAGUUUGAGAACGAAAUCGAGAUUCUGAGACGCUUCAGCGGUGACGUCCACCCGCAUCUGAUCUCACUCCAAGCGGCGUUCCGCCACGGCGACGAGUACUCCGUCAUUAUGCCCUGGGCCGACUGCGAUCUUGCUGAGUUCUGGGAGGAGACAAAACCCGGGUCACCUCUCGACAGGAACAAUCUCCUGUGGAUGCUUGAACAAUGUCGGGGACUCGCAGGCGGCCUUCAGAGCAUCCACUUAUACAAGAGGACGGAAUCCGCCACCGCCACGAACGAUCCUUGGCCCGAGAAAAUCUUCGGCCGCCAUGGGGACAUCAAACCCCCUAAUAUCCUGCUCUUUCGAGACCAGAGUAAUCCGGAGGACAAAGGGAAGCUGGUCAUUACGGACUUUGGCCUCUCGCGCUUCCACAGCGACGGAAGCAAAUCUUUGUCAACGAUACAUUGCACAGCCACUCCUCUUGCUCCGAGCCGAUACAUCAGCUUCUGGACUUUGUUAUGCAGGACAUGCUGUUAGCCGAGCCGCGAGGUGGUCAUAGCCGAGCUGAGUGUGGCCAAGUACGCGCAAAGCUU